CCUAUCAGCAGCUCAGACAAAGAAUGUUCCCCGUUGGUGAUGAUUCGUAACCAGUUUAAAAUUGAUCAGAUCAUCAUUGAGCUGGAAUGGCAGACAGUCUGUUUAUUGCAUAAAGAGGACAUCAUGGAGGAAUAAAACGCAUAAAAUAGUCCUCGUGCAGUCACAGUUAUGGGGUCCAAAAUUUUUCAGUUGAACCAUGGUUUUCUUCCUCCAUGGUUGGACCAUAAAUUUUCCUCCAUGGUUGGGCUCAGAUUAUAAUAAUCUUCCUCCCCAGUGUCAUAGCAUAGGGAAUCUGUGUGAUGUUAGGCCCCCCUAUCUCAGUCCCGGUUUCUAUGGAUUGACAUACCGUACGGUUGUGCUGUACAACUAUGUUGAGAAAUUUGCAUGAAGUGUGGACAAAACAGUAAGUUUAUCGAUGUGUGUAGGCCACUUCUCAAGACCAACCAACAGAAUGCUAUCACCAAGCUUCUUAAGGACAAAUUUGUUCAAGCAAGGAAGGAGUACACCAAGUCAGAAAAAUUCCACAACCUUCUGGAGCAGCACAUCUCCGACCUGCAAUCCAAAAAGAAAUCUGUGUACGUUCACAUUCAAGAUGUGAAGACUUUGUUAAUGAAAGCCUCGGACAACUUAAGAAAAGAGGCGGUGAAGGAAGCAAAUGUUUCGGAUGAUGAGUCUCAGAAUGAUGCACAGAUAGUCAAGAAGGAGCAAUGCAGGAGAGUAGAGGAAGAAGGUGGCUCCGCUGAUCUUGAGAUGACUUGUGAAACCAUCAGCAGUGGAAGUUUAAUUGAAUAUUUAAAAACUGAUCGCAUACCUCAACCUGAGGUUGAGGAGAUGCAUGAUGAUGAUGCAGCGAAAGAACAUAUUGAUCAAGGGGCGGGGCCGUCACUAAGUGUUAAUACCCCUGCAACUAUAGCUCUAGAUGAGAGAAAUGGAAAGACGAUGAAAAGUGUAGAAAGUGAUCGGAAAGAGAAGAAAAAGGAUAAAGGAAAAGGCUCACAGAGACAGAUAAACAAACUAGAGUUGAUACUGAAGAGAAUUGGUAGGGCUAUUAAGAAACUUGAAGAACGCGAACUGACCUUAGAUGAGAUGGAUGAGGAAGACUCCGUCCACAUCCAGGAAUAUCAACUCAGGAAGCGCUUCAUGAAGGUGUACAAUAUGUAUUGUAAGUUGAACGAAUGUUCCCCAUCAACCGGGCGUGUGAUCGAGCAGAAGAUCCACUACGAAGGAACGCGUUUCCCAGAGAUCAACAAGAAGUUGGAGAGACUAAUCAACAAGAAGGAUUUCUUUCCAGACUUCCCUGAUGUUUACAAGGCUGUUUAUAAGACAAAUAAAAAGAAAGAUUUGGGUUUGAACAGGAGAAAAAUCAACAGCAUUGCUCAGGAAGCUUUUGAGGAUGUUGGUCGGAAGUUGCAGAAGAGACGCCAGCAAGACUUUAUUCUCAACUUCAGUGCUCACUCUACGAUCGACUUCAGCACUGCAAGAGACCCCUCCGACAGAGAUCCAGAGCUCAAAAAGAAGUUGCUGGAGAAUAAAAAUGUUGCUUUGCAGAAGCUCAAGGAAGUCGACGAGCCGUUUGUGAAACGACAGGAGGAGUAUGAAAAGAACGGCAUCGUCCUGGAAGCAGCGGAAAAUUCCGAAUCGGAUGUGGCAUCAGAUGUUCCCACCGACGACGAAGCAGACGAACCGCCAUCGAAGAGACAAAAGAAUGAUUGUAGUGACGAAGAGGAGCAGAAAAUGAGUGAGAAUGAGAACAAAGGAAACGCUAAGGAAACAGAAGGAACUCCCCAUCAGACUGUGAAUUCCUUCAUCACCGCACCUUCUCAUGGGGAGCUCCAGCCAAAUUUGGCAGACCCUUUAAGUCAGCAACAGCAUUUCCAAGUCCAUGCCCAGGACAUGGGCUCUUCCAAUGGCAGUGUGCUGUCUAGAAGGGUAUCCACUUUUCACAGUGGUGUCGUCAGCGAUAACCUUGACCAUUCUAAUGUUUCAGAUAUCAUCAAACCCUACAAAUCUGCCAUUGAUGUAACUGGUAAUGGAUUGUUUACUUGUUACGAUGAUGGCGCAGCAGUGAAGGUAGCCACAACACAUUCCAUCAAAUCACCACAACUACUUCCCAUCAAACCAGACUUGCAACCUUCCCUUCACUACAACACUGCUGAGCAAGCUGUAAGAGCCCUUAAACAUGCCCCCUUCUUAAUAACAAAUGUAUGUAGCUUGUCACCAGACUACAAACAUCAGCACAAGCCUCAUAAGGUAGCUUGGACUCAGGGAGAGACCAUAGCGUUUGAGGAUGAACAUGAAGGAUUCGUUAUCAGUCAACCAAAACGGCAGAAGAUCAUAGCGGUUCAGUCAGGAGUAAAGAAUGUUAAACUUCAGACCUCUGCACCUAUCACACUGAGCAUCGAUGACUCGGAGACGGAGCUAAGCUCUGAGAAUCCUGAAAAGGAGACCAACCUUGCCAACCUCCCCAGGGAGACUGGGUCAUGCAGCCCUACCAGCACCCAGCCAGACCUUGAUGUACAUCUUAAUCCAGACAUACAUGAAGUCACAGUAGCUUCCACUCAAGGACAGUCGCUUAAAGGGAGCACAGAACUUAAAAAGACAAUCACAAAUGACCCACCUGUGCGGAAGGUCUUCAUAUCGCGUUAUCCGCGCUAUAAAUCUAGCACUGAGACGACACAGGCAGGGCAAGUGUUAGUCUCCAAAACCAGGAGUACUUGUAACUCUGUCCAGUGUAGCCCCGGCCCGCAGAUAAGAAGUGGAGUCACCAGAGAUGGUUGUAAACCGAUCUGCAUCCAAUCGACUCUCGUCAGUAACAGCAGCUCCUACCUUAAGAAAUCCUCCCCAGCUACUAACUUGCAAACUCAAAUUAGUCCGUUGAAGCCUUUCAAGCCUACAGCCUUGUUUCAAGACGCAUCUGGAAACAAAGCCCAAAUAAAGCGACCAAUUACCCCCCAAAAGCGUACAAUCCCACUCAAAAUAAAAUGCUCACCAAAGUGGCAAAGGAACAGUGCACAGAGUACGGGGUCACUAACUUGUCCAAGGCCAGCGAGUAACAAUAAAGAGGACUCAAAGACUAUCAUCAUCAUUAGUGACUCGGACUCAGAGAUUGAAGACAUGACUGAUCUUCAGCCAGAAUCAACCGACGUCAUCUGCAUAACAGACUCGGAUUAGAACAUGUUGCUGCUUUUUGUGUGGAGGCUCAGCUUCACCCAUAGAGUGUAACUCCUCGUAACUCCUCUCAAGUCCUUUAGCUUCUCAUGGGUUUGUUGGACGAGAGGAUCUGGGGAUCAAAACCAAUCACUGAGCCAAUACUAUUAGAGUCCAAAAAUAACUGCCUUAUUUGAUGAAAUAAAAAGGGUUUUUUCCCCAGAAAUUUUGGGUGGCUGGGUGAAUUAAAAUUAUUGAAAACAAAUUUUCAACUUAAAUUAAAGAGAAAAACUGUCUGUGCAGUUCAAGACUUUAAAGGCUGGCCUCCGUGCCUAAUCAUCCAAUCAUGUAGUCUUCGUUCAAAAGAAAGGAACAAGUGACUCAAACUAAUCUAUGGAUGAAUUUUAAACGGUUGCUUGAUUUGAUUACCCCCCCCCCCCAAAAAAAAAGCAUAUUGUUUACCCAAUUAUUAGAUUAAGUUAAUGGUCAUUUGAAAAGUGGUUGUCAGAUCAUGGUCAGAUACAGUGUCAAACUCCUUGCUUAAGUUAGAGUAAUUUGUAGCAAAUAAUUUCGCCCAUAAACAUUUUCUUUUAAUUCAUUGUUAUAAUUGUUUUUUUUUUCAUAAGCAGUUGAAGAUGAAAUCAAAGUGGUUUUAAUUUAUUUUUUUUGUGUAUUGGAUUGUGAGAUAAUGAGCUGAAUUUUUGUUCCAAGCUAGUGUGACAAUAAUGGCAACACCAUAAUUGUACAAAACAAAUUUAAAAUGCAGAUUUCUUUUUCAAAAGAUUAAGAAAAAUCCUUUUGUAAGAACAAACUUUGCUCAUCUUUUAUACAAAAAAUGCAAUAAAAACCAACAACAUAUGAAAAGAUUUUCAUAAUGACAGUAUCUAUGUACAUGUAUUAUAAAUAUUAGUUUGACGAUUAUUCUGAUUUCUUUUUAAUUCUUAGUUUUUUUUGCAAUUUUGUUUUGAUAGGAUCUUGUGUUGCUCUAAUUAUUUCGAAAACACUAUGUUCCAAAAGUAAAACCCCUGAUCAUUUACGUUAUAUGCUUUGGUUAGAGUUGGGAAAACACAUAAGGAACAUUGGAGUGUCGGAACAUAGUGAUGUUACAUGUAUACCAAUCUGACCAAUGAUAAGUGUUGAUGUUUCUGAUACUAAAGUUUGUAGAGAAACUUUGCUUUAAACUCCUGGCUCUGCCAACUGCUUAAUUAUGUGCUAACCAACACCAUUCUUCGCUUACAAGACAGAGGCUGAAUGUCUACACUACGUGUAUAAGUGAAGGAUGCUUAUUACAUGCGCCCAAUUUGAUAGAGCUGCUUAUUUCAAGAAAUAACCUAAGCAAAACAAGAUUAUGCUCACCAGAACAAGGCUACCAGCCAAAUUACUAAGUCAUAUUAUGUACAACUCGUCACUGGUAUCCUACUCAUUAUUGCUAAGCAUAGAUUUUUUUUAAAGCAGUGUUUUCUGCUGAAGCAGCUAUAUGAAUUUGGGCGCUGGAGUGAGUGUGCACAAGCAUGGAAUUAUUUCCUUUACAGCAAGCAGAGCCAUGAUAUUGGGUCCUUCACACAAUUGGACGGGAAAGGACAAAUGCUACAAUAUGAUGGUCAUGUAUAUAAUUUUUCUCAUUAAUUUGUAUUUUUAUUCAAAUACAGGUACACAAUAACAAACAAACAACAAAUAAAAAAACACUUGAUAUUUUACAGACUAAUUUAAGGGGUUAAAACUGGUAACAUCUUGGGAGUAAUGACCACCAACAUUCAUAAAAGACAAAGUUCAUAAUGCCAUUUCUGAAAGAUGGGACCAGACAAUGUGUUCUCAGCCUCGGUUUCGUCAUAUUGAUAGGAGAAUUGGAGAUAACAAUGAACUACUGUCCUAUAACAAACAAUAUGCCAUGGAACAUCACAACUUUCCUGUUAAAAAAUAGAAACAUCGCAGAAAUCAAAUGGGAAUAGACUUUGUACUGCCUUUACGCUUCAUUGAGUUAAAGGGAAAGAGAGCAGAGUAUACUGAAACGCUGAGACCCCACUCCUCCAAAAGAAGUUUAUACACAUGGUUGUACCCACAAAUAUUUUCUGCAGCAUGUAAUUAAACUGUAAAAUACCAGGAUCUACACUUUAUGACCCAACAAGUACAUGAAAUGACAAGCCUGUUAAAAUUAAAAACUCAAUCGAUCAUCGGAGUAUGAAGAAAACAGUUGGAAUCCCCAUGUAUGUUUUAACUGUUUUCCCAAACCAAAACUAAGCAUCUUGCUUUCUCUACAAAAACUAUAGUAUUUCAGGCAAAAAGAUAUCAGGGGAAGUUUACCAUGUCCAUCUUUAUACCAUGUAAUUGUGGAAAUGGUUAGACCCCGAUGAAACCUAACCCUAACAUGUAAAUCAUCAAGAGUUUUUAGGAACAUAGGUUGUCGGUACAUAGGGUUGUCAGAACAUGGGGGUGUUAGAAUUUAUAGAGCAGUCUUCUGUGCAAAUCUUCAACUUGUGUGCAAAACUUGACUAAAUACUUAUUUAUUUCUAUCUGAUAUGAAACAUUAAGGAGACAUAGCUUUGCCUUUUUGUAAUUUUCAUUAUUUGUCCUUUAGUUUUAGUGACUUUGAUGUUUUUAAUUUUAUAUUUAGCUGUGGUUUAAAUCCUUUGUUGCAGAUUUAUAUUGAUUGUUUACACAAAGAAUCAUUGUAAUUCUUGUUCUUUGUAGUUUUUUGUUUGUAAUAAAAAAAAAUCAGCAACCCGAUA